AUGGAAGAGCCCACUGCGGCUGAAAAAUCAUUCGAGGAUUUCUUCAGUGGAGUCAAUGAUGUUGCGCGAAAGGAAGUCAAUACUCGAGCAUACAUUAAAGGAAAAAAGUUUGAUGUCUUCCCAACAAAGAGUCGAAUAGCCCACGGACUUGUCGAUAUCGUGUUUUUUCCGCUUCUUGUUUGUGUUCUUGGCGUCUUCAGUCGUCGUCUUCUGGUUCGCGUCUUGAUUCUUCUGGCGAAUCAUUGCAUUGAUCGCAGCCCAUCGUCUGAGACGUGA